GGUAGUCAUGGUCACAGAACAGUGAUGAGAGAGUCCUAACCUCACUGUUUGUUUUGUUUUUAUUUGUUUUUCUGGAACCAGAAAAAUUUCAAUUUAUGUUAAAUAAUUUGGGAAUAAUAUGAUAGUACAGCGUUUGAAAUUAUGUUGUAGAUGUGAAACAGUGAAGUUAACCAAAAGAUUUUUAACCAAUGUGUCUCCAAAUGUCGAAAUUCUGUCAGACCUUUUAGGCGUCAGUACUGAAACAGCAAAGCAUUAUGUCUCUGAAUACAAAUUGCACUAUAGAGAUGGAGACAACAUUAUCAAUAAUAUCAGAUUUUGUCAGAAUCUUGGAUUUUCAAAUGAAUCUAUACUGAAAACUAAACAUUUAUUGAGCAGUCGUCCAGUCGAAUUGGAGGGACACUUCAUGGCAAUGCAAGAAGGUGGGUUCCAUGAUAUAGGACCAAAAACUUUGGCAAAGGCUCGAACCCUCAUGAAAAGAAGAAUUUCCUUUCUGAAAUCAGAGAAAUUUAUUCAUAAAACUACAAAUGUGCCAAAAUAUCUCAUAUCCUAUAUUGAAGAUAAAAAUAUUGCUGCAAAAAUACCAGAAGACUAUAGUGAUGAAGAGAUAUGGAAUGUUAUUCAAUCGAAAAUAAUCCAAACAUAUUUGAGACUGAGAUUGGGUGCUACAGAAGAUGAUAUAAUAAAAUUAUUCAGGAUACAUAAAAUAAUCAAGAAUAAGAGUUUACGGUUUAUACAAGAGAAUAUUCGAUUAGCUGAAGAUUUAGGAUUUGAACACAGAAGAAUAUUGAAAUAUGGUUAUAUUUUACAUUCCUUCCCAGCAUAUACACAAACUACUCUCACUGAUCUUUCAAAUUUAGCUGGAGCCAACAUGAGACAGGCCAUGCUGUCUUACCCAAAGCUUUUCAUGACUGAUCCAAAGAAUAUCAUCAAAAUUUAUGGAAUAUUGAAGGAAUUUGAUAUACCAGAUGAAAUAAUUAGAAAACAAAUGAAUAUAUUCCACAUGUCACCAGAAACGGUGAAAUUGCGCCUGCAGGAAAUUGAGAAGUCACCAGAUUUGAAAGUGCUCUUUAGUCACCCAAGAAUAUUAAAGUUGAUAGUACAUCACAAUAGAACAAAGUCAAGGCUGUCGUUUUUACAGCAGCUGCAGCUGAGGUGUGCUACUUUGUCUAUACUGAAGACAGAUCAGAAUGAUGAAUUCGAGGAAUAUAUAAAAGAGGGGAAAGAUGUUAAUAAGUUGAACGAUUUAAUCUGUUUCCUGAAAGAUCUGUUUAGUCUAGAUGAAAAAUCACUAAAGAAAAUGAUCAAACUUCAUCCAUUUCAUCUCCAAGUACCCUUAAAAGAUAUGAAGGAUACUUUUGAUUAUUUAAGAGAGCAGAAGUUCAAAAAAACGAGUAUAUAUAAAGUUUUAUAUAUUCUUCUAUAUCCAAAGGAGAAAGUCAGAAAUAUACUAACAAUGAUAAGGUACAACAAAGAUAUUAAAUUCAACUCAUUGAGUGAGAUCAACAAGUUGAACUUGAUACUGUAUUUCAUUGAAAAAGAACAUCAUUUUACUGGAAAUGGAAUUUGGAGAAAAUGUGAUGAACCCAAACAGACUGUUGAUUAAAGUUUUUGUCUACCUC